ACGAAAGUUGCGAGCCCCAGCCUUCAUCACUGCUGCCAGCACUGCAGAGAAUGGGCAAUGCCGGCGAAAGCUGGGAUGAGAGCAUCUUGAGCCAGUGGCACCAGGCCAAGGAGGAGCCUGUGGGUGUCAACGACAAAGGCGAACCGACUUACCUCUUCCGCAGCACCGUAGAGGACAACAGAGUGCGACGAGUCGAUGGCAAGCUGGGCCUCAUUGCGACGGUCAACGUCAAGCGCACAAGGCAAGUGACGACAAGAUGCAGAGAGGAUGCCUGUGUUGCAGCAAUAGAUCUGCUCUCUGGCUGUGCUGUGUGUGUGUUGGUGUGCCUUGGUAUGUCUGUCGGCAGGGAGAAGCGCAAGACGAAGCUGUAUGAGGCGAAGCCCUUGCACAAGGGGUCUCCGCCGUCCACAGCGGCGUCCGCCCCCUCCCUGCUGCGUCCAUUUGAUCCCAACGACUUCAACUUCAACAAGGCCAACCCAAAAGAAACGGUAUGGGCGAUCGAUGCCCUGGGCAGGGCAGUGAGGCUGUGUGGAUGGGAUGUCUGACUGUCCCGAUUGUAUGUGUGUGUGGACGUCGCCAGAUUGGCGAGCUGUGUGUCGAUGGCGAGAAGCAUCCGGUGCUCCUCAACGUCAGGUGAGCAGCAGACAGGCACACACAACACAACAUAUCCUUUCUUCUCGCACACACGUAUCUCGUUUCGUUGUCUGUCGAUACGAUACAGUCCCAUCUUCGAGGGUCACAUCCUGGUGGUGCCGUGGUCACAGAAGUGCCUUCCCCAGUACCUCACGAGAGAGGCCCUGACCGUCGCUCUCGAGUUCUCGAUGGCCUCCUCGCGCGAUGACUUCAAAGUCAUGUUCAACUCAUCGGGUGCAUGGGCAUCGGUGAGCAUGAGCAUGACAGGACCAGGCGGCACAGCACACUUACACAUACCAUCUUUUCACCGCUCUUGUGUCUGAUGUGUGUGUUGCAGGUGAACCAUCUCCACUUUCACGGCAUGUACGUGUCGGGCGUCUGCCCGUCGGGCCUCCCGAUAGAGACCGCCCCCACCGCCUCCCUCAUAGCGACCCUCCCCCUCUCCCUACCCCCUGCCCCAUCAGUGACCGUCAGUGCGUCGGUGCUGCAGUAUCCCUCCAGCCCGAUUGUCUUCACCGUCGACGGCGAGGCCGUCAGUCGCGAUGUGAGGGACGGCUUAGUGGAUGUGGUAUGGGGGUUGGUGGAGCUGCUGGUGGCCGAGGACUGUCCAUUCAACCUGACGAUGUCGCUGAGGCGCGAUGGGCGGGGACGCAUUUAUUUCAUACCCAGGAGGCCACAGGUGGGUGUUUGUGCUGGAGGGAGGCUGCGCCACAUGGACGAAUGAUGUGUGGUGUGUGUUUUGUGUUCAGGUGAUCUCCACCGUGCCGCCAUUCCGGUCGCCGGACGGAGAUGACGACCCUGAUGGUGACCAACAGACAGCCAGCCAUGCACUUGGUCCAUGGCUGGCUGGCUGUCUGCACGUGUGUGUUCAGGUCCUGGGAUCCUCCGCAUGGCUGUCUGUGAGUGCUCCGGAGUGCCGUAAGCAGCUCCCCCCACAGCCACCCCACUUGGACACGUACCGUGUGUACCUGUGUCCCUCUCUGUUCGUUCGUGUGUCUGUCUCUUCCUCCAGAAUCCUGUACAGUGAAGAGGCCUUCGAGCAGCUUACAGAAGCGCACUUCAGACAAGUACUUGAGGACCUUCCACACAACGAUGCGCACCGCACCGCACCGCACCGCAUUCACUCACUUACCCACCCAUAUGUACUUCUGUCGUUGUCUGUCUCUACGGUACCUACCGUCUGCAGAUGGCGGAAGAAGACAUCUCGAUUGAGGCGGCACUGCGCGAGAAGCUCUGCGAGGGGCUGGUGCGAUUGAUGGGCACCAGGGGCGCUGACAAGGGGGGAUAGAAUAGACCGGCCUAUAUCGACCGUGCUGCGUGCUGGCUUCUACACAUGCACCACCCUCGGAUCUUCCUUCAGUGAGCUCUCUCAUUGAAGGAAGAACCGGAGGUGGUGCAGAGGGAGUGGCCAGCAUGCAACGGCGAGGAGGGAGACGAGCUGUGUAUAGGGGUUGUGUCUCUGGUUGUGUCGCUGGAACCUAACGCACCGCACGUGUGCAUCCGC